AUGUCUAAAAAAAAAAUAACUCAUCACUCAAAGUGCAUUAAAAAUGAAAAAAUUAAAAAAGUACAAAAAAAUUUUAAAGAAAAUAAUAAAAAUAAAUUAAAACCCGUUAUUUCUUUAUCCAAGCAAAAUGUUUCACCUAAUUGGGUUAAAUUUAUGGGACCCAAUGGAUUAGUUAAUAAAAAUAAAGAAGAAAAUGAAUUUAAAGAAAUAAAAAAAUCUCAAUUAAUUAAUAAAAAUAAAAAAACUUAUCCUGAAAUAACUAAAGUUGUUGCUCUUGAUUGUGAAAUGGUGUCUGAUUUAAAUAAUCAAGAUAUGCUUGCAAGAAUUUCAUUAGUUAAUUUUAAACUUGAAUGUAUUUAUGAUAAAUAUGUGAAACCUCAAUCAAAAGUUGGGGAUUACAGAACAAGAUUUAGUGGAAUAAGGGAAGAAAAUUUAAUGAACGGUGCGGAUUUCGAAGUGGUUCGUAAAGAAGUAAAAGACUUAUUAUAUAAUAGAAUAUUAGUGGGGCAUGCUUUAGGUAAUGAUUUCAAAGUGUUAAAAUUUGGACAUCAUAAGCAACUUAUAAGGGACACAUCUAAAUAUGAACCUUUUAAAGAAAUCAACGAUUUGAAAUCUCCUCCUUUAAAAAAAUUAGCUAAAAUGUUUUUAAAUGAAAAUAUUCAAGAAGGAGAACAUGAUUCCAUUGAAGAUGCCAAAACUGCCAUGAAACUAUAUAAAAAAUUUAGAAAAGAAUGGGAAAUAUCAUUAUACACAUCGAAAGCACCGAAAAACAAAAAUCAAGAUGUUUGA